UUAUCUCUUCUCGGGUAGUAAGCAAGGUGGAGCAAGCUUACCCUAACCCAUACACCCCCGACACUCUGACGUCAGCGCAACUGGUUCCCAGAACCGCUGCCUGCUAGCCUGUGUUUCACUUUACUUUCAGCUGCAGCAGGACCUCAAUCGUCUCUGUUCUUUAAGUCGGCAGUAGUACGUUUUAUAGCAUCUCUGCAUCAGUAUGGCUUCCAAGAGAAACGCUGAGAAAGAAAAAGAGGCUUUGGACUGGAUUGAAGCCAUUCUUGGAGAACCGAUUGAUCGGAAGAAACCAUUUGAAGAAGUUCUUAAAAAUGGUAUUAUUCUUUGCAAGAUAAUAGAACUGAACCAGUCAAAUCAUUCAAAUAUUUUCAAACUUAUAUUUAUUUUUUUUUUAUUUACUUUUCAGGCUCAAACAAAACCAGAUUUCAAUGGACCUAUCCUUGGUCCAAAGAUGGCAGAAGAGAACAAACGAGAGUUCACCCAGGAACAGUUAGAUGCCGGUAAAAAUGUUGUCAGUCUCCAGUAUGGAAGCAACCAAGGUGCAAGCCAGGCUGGAUUGAGCAUGGGCAAACAAAGAAUGAUCGCCGAUUAAAUUAUUUCUGCAUCAUUUUUUUUUAAUAGUGAAAAACUCUUGUUUCAAUGCUAAACGAUAGCAAAUAUUAGCUAACAGUAUUCAAAAAGAGAAAAAAACAUGGGAGGUGAUUAAAAGUCUAAAUUUACUGAAUAAUUUCGAGUAAAUUUCUCAUUUUUUUUUUGCCUUAAUUUUUUUUAAUGCAUUUAAUUAGAAGAAAAAUAUAUAUACUCCUCAUCUGACAACCAACAAUCACUUAUUUAUUUUUUAAAAUUAAUUUUUUUCCC